AAACAAACAAAUGGCCAGAACCUCACUCUUAACUCUCCCCUCAUCUUCUUCCUCCUCCUCCUCCACCUUCCGCUUCUCUUCUUCAACGCCUCUGAAACGCUUCUCUUACUUCCCCAGAAAGCCACCUAAAACCACACCCAGAAGAAGACUCAUCUCUCUUUCCGCAACCUCCGUCCAAUCACCGACUUCUGACUCACCACUACUUUCAAAGCUCAACAUCUUUUGGGAAUGGCUCCUCGAACAGGGCGUCGUCUCCGCCAACUCCCCCGUCAGGCCUGCUCUCGUCCCCGAGGGACUAGGACUCGUUGCACAAAAAGACAUUUCUCGAAACGAGGUCGUUCUGGAGGUCCCCCAGCGAUUCUGGAUAAACCCAGAUGCUGUUGCAGCUUCCGAGAUUGGGUCUGUAUGCGGUGGAUUGAAGCCUUGGGUUUCUGUGGCACUAUUCUUGAUCAGAGAGAAGUUGAGGGACGACUCGCCUUGGCGUGUUUAUCUUGAUGUGCUUCCUGACUCUACUGACUCAACUCUUUUCUGGUCAGAAGAGGAGCUAGCUGAACUUCAAGGAACCCAACUGUUGAACACCACAUUGGGUGUGAUAGAAUAUGUCGAAAAUGAAUUCUCUAAAAUAGAAGAAGAAAUAUUACUCCCUUACAAUCAUCUCUUUCCCUCCCCUAUAACAUUGGAUGACUUCUUCUGGGCAUUUGGGAUUCUUAGAUCAAGAGCAUUCUCCCGUCUUCGGGGUCAAAAUCUUCUUUUGGUCCCUCUUGCAGAUAUGAUCAACCACAGCUCCAGCAUAACUACAGAAGACUAUGCAUAUGAAAUCAAAGGAGCAGGACUUUUUUCUAGGGAUCUUCUAUUUUCUUUGCGGUCCCCAGUUUCUGUUAAAGCUGGUCAGCAGGUUUUCAUCCACUACGAUAUGAAUAAAAGUAAUGCUGAGUUAGCUCUGGAUUACGGGCUUGUCGAACAAAAAGCAGAUCGCAAUGCAUAUACCUUAACAUUGGAGAUCUCAGAGUCCGAUCCCUUUUUUGGAGAUAAGCUUGACAUUGCUGAGUCCAAUGGUGUGGGGGAGGUUGCUUACUUUGACAUUGUUUUGGGCCAAGAUCUUCCACCUGCAAUGCUUCCGUACCUGAGACUGGUAGCACUUGGGGGAACUGAUGCUUUCCUCCUGGAGUCUAUUUUUAGAAACACAAUCUGGGGACAUCUCGAUUUGCCUGUAAGCCGUGACAAUGAAGAACUGAUCUGUCGAGUUGUCCGAGGAGCUUGCAAAUCAGCACUUUCUGGUUAUCAUACCACCAUUGAAGAGGAUGAGAAGUUGCUGGAAGGAGGAAAGCUUAAUUCGAGAACCGAAAUUGCACUUAGAAUAAGAAUUGGGGAAAAGAGGGUGUUGCAACAGAUUGAUGAGAUCUUCAAGGAGAGGGAAUCUGAGCUGGAUAUUUUAGAAUACUACCAAGAAAGGCGUCUCAAGGACCUUGGUCUGGUUGGGGAGCAAGGUGAAAUCAUAUUCUGGGAGCCCAAGUAGGAACUUUAUUUGCUUUUGCCUUCUUCAAUGGGAUGAUAUGUAUGCACUCAAUUUGCUGAUACACCUCCAUGUCAAAGCUGGCUUGAGCAUUAGUAAAACAAGUUGUAGGAAUUUUUUUUUUCCUGGAUUCAGGCGACUUAUGUUGAUAUCAACUAUAUUAUCAGGUUAGAAGAGGAACUUAUCUUGCCAUUGUUUUUCCUCUAAUUACUGUAACAAAAAAGUUUGUCAUAGUGCAGCAAUCUUGGCUAUCAA